GUAGAGAAGUACUGUCAGUGUUAUUUCAAAGAGGUGGCAAGAGCCAGCUUUUUGCAACUUUGCCCUUUCACUUCUCAACAACAUUAAGACCAUUCUGAUAUCAUUAGUUAUGUGCUUUCCUAAUUAUGAAAACAACUACUACUAUAAUAAUAUAAUUCUUGUUUACACAUUUACAAAAUAACAUAAUGACAUGGUUUCUUUUUAUUUUCUAACUAGUUAUAUACCAUGCAAAUGAUGCAUUUUUGUUUAAAAUAUUUACUCUAGUUUUGGAAAUUUGGUUGAAAAUAUUAAAUUUGAAAGCAUGAAGAAUUUGUAUUGGUUGAAAGAAUUUUCUAACAAUGUGAGAUCAGGGAGAAGACUUUCAUUAGGGGAAUAUAAGAGAGCAGUUUCAUGGUCUAAGUAUGUAGUUUCUUCUGGAGCAGCUAUAAAGGGAAAUGAAGAAGAUGAUUGGAAUGCUGAUAUGUCUCAGUUAUUCAUUGGUUCUAAAUUUGAUUCUGGGAGACAUAGCAGGAUCUAUAGAGGUAUCUAUAAGAAUUUGGAUGUGGCUAUUAAGCUUGUUAGUCAACCUGAGGAAGAUGAAGAAUUGGCUGCUUUGCUUGAGAAACACUUCACUUCUGAAGUUGCUUUGUUGUUUCGGUUGCGCCAUCCGAAUAUCAUUGCUUUUGUUGGAGCUUGCAAGAAACCACCAGUGUUCUGUAUAAUCACUGAAUAUAUGGCUGGAGGCUCAUUGAGAAAAUACUUGCAACAAAAAGGACCACAUUCAGUUCCUCUCAAACUAGUUCUUGAAUUAGCCCUUGACAUAGCAAGGGGAAUGCAAUAUCUUCAUUCUCAAGGAAUACUUCAUAGGGAUCUCAAAUCAGAAAAUCUGUUACUGGAUGAAGAAAUGUGUGUAAAAGUGGCAGAUUUUGGUAUCUCAUGUUUAGAAUCUCAAGCCGGCAGCGCGAAAGGAUUCACCGGAACUUACCGUUGGAUGGCGCCUGAAAUGAUCAGAGAAAAACGGCAUACGAAAAAAGUAGAUGUCUAUAGUUUUGCCAUAGUUCUAUGGGAACUAAUAACAGGACUCACACCAUUUGAUAACAUGACACCGGAACAAGCAGCAUAUGCAGUAACUCACAAGAAUGCAAGGCCUCCAUUACCAUCUGAUUGUCCAUUGGCAUUUACUAAUCUGAUCAAGAGGUGUUGGUCAAGCAAUCCUAAUAAAAGGCCACAUUUUACUGAGAUAGUAUCAAUUUUGGAGAGAUAUACUGAUUCACUUGAGCAGGAUCCAGAAUUUUUCUCUACCUACAAACCAAGUCCAAAUAAUGUACUUGUUAAAUUCUUACCAAAAUGUAAUAAUGCUGAUAAUAAUUUCACUUCUUGAGAGGAGGCUUAGGAAUAUGAUUGUAAUAAUCUGACUAUAAUUGUAAUUGUAUUAUAUCAAUCCUAAGAAGAACUAGUGUGGUUCUAUUUCUAUUAA